CACGGAAGUCAUCCAGGAUCUUUUUUUUUAUAUGCAUGAUAUUUGCUAUCACUUUCUAGAGAGACUCUGCAUACUAUACUCUUCCCUCAGCCGCUAAAUAAUACCGUAAUGACGGUAAAAGAUGCAGCCGGCGGUGCGGAAACGCUGAUAAGAUAACGCGCAGUUAUUAGCAGCAGAUAGCGGACAUCAGUGCGGGUCAAUGGACUUGAAAUGCUGCUGUUUUGACAGCUGGGUUCAGCCUCCAGUACCUGGUCUGUGAGCCACCUGCUGAGGACAGACACGACCCGACGAUUCAACCCUAAAGACGGGGUUACUUUAUGUAGAGACGCAUAUCUAAGUGUGUGAAGUUGCUAUUAAAGCGCCAUUGAAGAAUAACCAGAGACUUGUCUUCUCAGUAUUGUUUGCUCACCUAACACCGACCUGUGGUCAUGGCUUCUGCCCGGCUGAAGUACCUCUCUCUGGGCGUGCUGGUGUUCCAGACCACCUCUCUGGUGCUCACCAUGCGGUACUCGCGCACCCUGCAGGCCGAGGGCCCGCGGUACCUGGCCUCCUCCGCAGUGGUGGUGGCCGAGGUCAUGAAGAUCUUCACCUGUGUGCUGCUCGUCUUCAAAGAGCACAAUUAUAGCUGGCGAGCUCUGAACAGCAUUCUUCGUCAGGAAAUUGCCCACAAACCCAUAGAGACGCUGAAGCUGGCGAUUCCCUCUGGGAUCUACACGCUGCAGAACAACCUGCUGUACGUCGCCUUGUCCAACCUGGACGCAGCCACCUACCAGGUGACGUACCAGCUGAAGAUCCUCACCACGGCUCUGUUCUCCGUGUCCAUGCUGGGCCGCAGGCUCGGCGUCUACCAGUGGCUCUCGCUGCUUAUUCUUAUGGCUGGAGUGGUUUUUGUGCAGUGGCCCUCUGACUCUACAGCGGACCCCGAGAAAGAGGCCCUCUCUGCGGGCUCCCAGUUUGUCGGUGUGGCGGCCGUUCUGGUGGCCUGCUGCUCCAGUGGCUUCGCUGGUGUCUACUUUGAGAAGAUUCUGAAGGAGAGCAAGCAGAGCGUCUGGGUGCGCAACAUCCAGCUAGGGAUGUUUGGCCUGGUGUUCGGCCUCUUUGGGAUGAUGGCGUAUGACGGAGAAAGGGUGAGGGAGUCGGGGAUGUUCCAGGGAUACAACACCGUCACCUGGACGGUUGUAGCACUUCAGGCGCUGGGUGGUCUGGUCAUAGCAGCGGUCAUCAAGUAUGCAGACAAUAUCCUCAAGGGCUUCGCAACAUCGCUCUCCAUCAUCCUGUCAACGCUUAUAUCCUACUUCUGGCUACAGGAUUUUGAGCCCACUGGCGUGUUCUUCCUGGGGGCCAUGUUGGUCAUCACGGCCACUUUCCUCUACGGCUACGAAGGAAAGCCAUCCCCCAACCCCAGCAGGGCCUGAGGACCCUCCCGGCUGACACUACAGCAAGCAGCAUGAGGUCCUGUUGAAGCGACAAGACGUGGAGUUGAAAGGAGGUCAGAGAGCUGGAGGAAAAAGGAGGGCAAAGGUCUUUAUCAUAUAGUGUGAUCACAAAAAGGAGGAUGUAAUAUAUUCGGAAACGGGACAAAAAAAAGGCUAAAAAUAAAGAGGAAGCACAACGCAUAAAUGGGUCUCACACACCGAAAGUGCCUCAGCUGAGACGAAACUGGGGAAACACGAUUGCAUUAUUUUCUUUCUGCUGUAGAGACAAUCCUGGCUGCCACACCUCCAGGUCUGGAGAGUUUUUCUUAGCAGGACCGACUGAUUGUCUUGAUAAAGAGCUACCUGUCACUGUUACUGCCACAUCAGAAAGAACUAUACAAAACAGGUUUUCAGAGGGAGCCGUGCAGAUGUUUCGCUUCAAAACCAACUUUUUUUUCGACUUAGUGCAACUUUAGCCAACAUUGUCGGCUUGUUCCCCUCACAGUCGCGGUAUGUAUUGCCCUGAAAGCAUAUUUUAGUCGCCCUGAAAUGAACUUCCACAUCCAUUGUUCAUUUUAAACCUUUUCCCAUUAACGCUCAACACACCGAGAGCCUUUAGUCGAUGGUAAUGUCAGUGACCAUAACUAGUAUUGUUUCCUAAAUCGUGGCUGCCCUGGUUCAGCUAUUUUUGGAAUCAGUUUUUGCAGCCAGGGAACAUAUAGUCUUCAGGACGUCUUUGAUAUCAUGUACGGUGACAGAGUAACUGUAUGACUUGCUGUCUGCUGUGGUGCAGCUUACUCUAUUACAGUCAUCUGGGUGUAUGACAGAUUUGGAUUAAUUGUAUGUACAACUUGAAUUUAUGUUAAUUGGGGUUAUUAAUCAGCAUUUUAAAUUGUAAUCUAAGUGAAUUGAAAAAUGUGGUUCUUACCUGACAUUUCAAAGCCGCUGAUUAUAAAACAUACAGCUCUUUAUGUCAUCCUGUAACAAUACAUGUAUAUUGUUAAUUAUUUUUGUUGCAAAGUAAUCAAAACUGACAUCAGACAUGAGGCAUUAUGUACAUUGAAAUGUAAAAUCUGAAUGAUGUUUUCCUUUACUUGAUAAAGCGGGUAUAAUUAAUAAGUUAAUUAUUUUUAGUUACUAUUAUUUGAAUCUUUUAUAAAAUAAAAAUAAAAAACGUUUCUGACUGUUA